AUGGCUGUUCGGUUUAUUACUUGGAAGCCCUUGACAGUUCUCUGUAUUCUUGGUGGGUUACUCUCCUCCUCCUCCUCCUCCUCCUUCACAGUUGGAGUGUCGUCUAAGAAGAGAGAUCAGCCUUGUUUGCGAAAGAUGUUUGAGCAGGAGCAGCAGCCAAAUAAAAAAUUAAAAAUGGAAAUCGCUGACGUGCAAAAUGACGUCAAUCAGGGAGAAUUCACUUGGAUAAUCCGCAACUUCACUCGGCAGAGCGCGAAGCUUUACUCUGAAGCAUUCACAGUUUCUAGUUGUCAAUGGAUAAUUGCCGCAUACCCCAAGGGGAAUAACACGUACCAUUUGUCACUUUACCUCGAAAUCCCUGAUUCUGCGACGUUUCCGGACGGGUGGACUAGAAAAGCCAAGUGCAGCUUCAGUGCGAUCGAUCGAACCAAUAAUGCUCACUCUAUUACCAGAGGAUCAACUUCAAGCCACCAUGAUGGUGCUUUGGAGGCUGAAAUGCCUAGUCUAGAAGAAGUUGAGAAGGCUAAGCAGUCUUUGAAGAAUUGCCUCUCGGAUCUCUUUAAAUCCAAUAUGAAAGAGAGGCUAUCUGAGGCACUAUCAACUUUAAGCUCAGCCAGAAUUGGAUUAUCAUCGGAGCAACAAAUAGCAAUUGAGACAUUUCGGGCCAAUUUCAAUGAUUUCACUUCCGACUUCUUAACAUUUGAGCAAGACAAUGCCGAGUUGGAGCUGCAUAAACUACUAAAGGAUCAAAGGUUCUCUGCCAUGAAGAAGUGUCACGAGACUCACAUCUUGAAUAAGCAGUUAAUGGAUGACCUUAUCAAGGAAGAGGAGGAAGUGAAGUCUAAGAGGGACAAGCUUCUGUCUGACUGGGAGGUCUUGCUGGUCCAGUCCGAAGAAGCGGAGUCGGGCUAUAAAGAUGAGCAGAAGAAAGUAGCAGAGGCUGAAGAAAAGAAGAGAAUAAGCGAGGAAAGACUGUCUAGAUCAACCACUGCCUGGUCAAAUUUGAAGGCUCAAUUCUGUUAAAACUUAAAGGUAUCAAAUAGGCUAGGAUGCUAUUGUUCACUUAAAUAAUAAAAACUGUGUCUGAGCUUGACUAUUUUUUGGUCAAUUUCCAAAAGAACCAUUGCUUAGAGGGGCAUAUAUGUUUGAUCCUAUAUCAUCUGAGUUUGGUCAGCAUA